CUGGAAACCAAACAGCAACCUGCUUGUCCUCAAUAUACUGUAGUUUCCGUUUAAAAAAGGUUCAUCAUAUUCUAAAUAUCGCUGCGUCCACCACGCAAUAACCAAAAUUGGGGAAAGAUUUCAAGAUGGAGUCCGCGAAGCAGAAAUUUGUGGAGGCAGUCGCAAAGACUCGAGAGCCCGGAGAUGCAAAGGGUCCUCCAGGAGGGGAGAUGAGGGUUGCCCAGCCAUCUAAGAACGAUGCCUCGAUCAGCAACACCUUCACAACCAUGGAUCGCACUGCAAAUCCACAGAAGGAUGAAGACAAGCAUGCGGCAACAGGGGGCAACCCCCAUUUCGGGACGAGCUUCUUCAAGCCUGGAAGCGCAACCUAGAUUUCACGGCGUAUUUUAGCAACCCAGUGCCAGUGGUUUCAGGGAUCAGCAAGGAAGAAUUCAAAUGUUAGUUUACGGGCGGAAGUAUAUGUUUUAGGAAGAUUGAUUGUGUGAUAUUUUAGUCACCGCAAUUCAUGGAAACGAAGGAUGCGACCAAAAAGUUGCUAUGUGGGCUUUCUCUGUAUGCGACGGCUGCCUAGGUGUACUACACUAUCAAUGCGUUGACCUCGCCUGUCAAGUCGCUAUUAUAAGGUACCCGUAAGCCACAAGUCUCCCUAUGGCCGCUUCUGUGCGAAACAGUUUGCCAAUGCCAUGAGGUCCUUCAGUACCAUGUCGGCCGUGAUCGACCACCAAAAAUUGAGACCAAGCUCUU